AUGAGGAGGUUUUUGGUUCCUAGAGCAAGCAUUGAGAAUGCAAGUGUUGUGCAGCCGGAAUCAGAACAAGACCCUCCUAUUCAUGUUGCUAACAACAGUGAGUUUAAUCCAGACGAAAUUCAAUCUGAUCCUGCACUGAGAAAACAAAUUGCUGAAUAUGCACCACAAAUCCAGGACCAAGUUAGGAGGGCAUACAUACUAAAGGGUCGAACCAAACCAGAAUUAGAAUUUCGCCGAACGGAUUCAAGAGCAUUUUCUAAGUCAUGGUAUGAAAAGUGUAACUGGAUAGAAUAUAGCGACUCCGAGGAUGCAGCUUUUUGUUUCUAUUGUUUCUUGUUCAAGCAACCUGGAAGGGCUGAACACUUCGGGUUUGAAGUCUUCACCAAAACAGGUUUUAGGGACUGGAAACAUGCAUAUAGAGCCUUACCUGAGCAUGUAGGUGGUCUGAAUAGUGGUCACAACAAUUGUGUUCGGCAUUAUGAUGAUUUCAAAAGUCAAAGACAAAGUGUGUCAACCAAGUUCGCUCGUGGAACUGUGGAAUCUCACAGAUUAUAUAAGAUUCGCUUGACUUCUUCUCUAGAGUGUGUAAGGUAUCUCAUAGCACAAGGUUUGUCAUUCCGUGGCCAUGAUGAAUCUACUGCUUCAUUGAACAAGGGAAACUUUCUAGAGAUGAUAGAUUGGUUAAAGGAUAGCAAUGAAGAAGUAAGAGAUGCUUUUGAUCGUGGUGGAGAAAACUGCAAGAUGACUUCCGGUGAAAUACAAAAGGACCUUGCAAGGUGUUGCGCGGAAGAAGUCACCGAAAUGAUUAUGGGGGAGCUUGCUGAUAAAAAGUUCUCUGUUCUUAUUGAUGAGUCAUGCAAUAUAUCGGUGAAAGAACAAAUGGCAGUAAUGUUGAGGUAUGUGAAUGAAGGGAAGGUUGUUGAACGAUUUCUAUGUCUGCACCACAUCAAAGAUACUACAUCCGAGUCACUGAAGUUAGCUCUUGUAAAGCUUCUUGAUCAUUACAAAUUAUCAAUUUCAAGGCUACAAGGGCAAGGAUAUGACGGUGCUUCAAACAUGAGAGGUGAAUUUAACGGUUUGCAAAGAAAACUUCUCGACGAAAACCCUCAUGCUUUCUACGUCCAUUGCUUUGCCCAUAGAUUACAGUUGGUUGUGGUUGCCGUUGCUAGUUCUUCUUGCUCAUAUAUUCAUGAUUUUUUUGAGUACAUAUCGCUGAUUGUGACCACAACAACUUCAUCUUGCAAGAAGAUGGAAGUGUUGGUAGAAGAAUCUCACAAUGAUAUUUUGGAAAGGCUUGAGAGGGGUGAGAUAUCUAUAGGAAGAGGCUUGAAUCAACAGACUAGUCUUGCUAGACCUGGAGAUACUAGAUGGGGUUCACAUCAUAAAACUUUGCUUCGCUUGGACCAAAUGUGGGCCUCUGUAAUAAAAGUUCUUAGCACGGUUGACGCAAAUGGGCGUAAUCCAAGCCAUGCUGCGGGUUGCAUAGAAAAAAUGGAGUGCUUCAAAUUUUCUCUCGUUUUGAAGUUUAUGCUAAAGUUGUUUGGUAUAACAAAUGAGCUCUCACAACUUUUGCAAAGAAGGGAUACAAAUAUUGUGCUUGCCUUGGAAUUAAUUCAUGAUGUUAAAGUCCGGUUGGCUACCAUGAGAGAUAGUGGUUGGGAGAGUAUUUUUGAUGAGGUCAAACAAUUCUGCAAUUCCAAAGGUAUUCCAGUGCCAAAUAUGGAUGAUGAAAUACCAGUUCGAGGUCGCUCGAGGCUAGAGGGAAGGACUAUCACUAAUCUUCAUUAUUACAGGGCUGAGAUUUUCUAUGUCGUUAUUGACAAAAUAUGUGUUGAGAUGAAUCAUCGCUUCAGUGACUCAAACCAAGAGGUAAUUGCAUGUUUCUCGUGUCUUGAUCCCAAGAAUUGUUUCUCCAAGUUUGAUGUACAGAAGCUUUCUCGGCUAGCUGAAAUAUAUAGUGCCGAUUUCUCAAAUAGUGAUCGUGCGAUAUUGAGGGACCAACUUGAGACUUUUGUUCUUCAUUUGAGAAAUCAUGCUGCAUUUUCUACUUGCAAAGAUGUUGAAAGUUUAGCUACAAAAAUGGUUGAAACAGAGAAACAUUUGGUCUUUCCAUUGGUUUACAAGCUCAUUGAGUUAGCUUUGCUACUGCCGGUGUCCACGGCAUCUGUUGAGAGAGCUUUCUCGGCAAUGAAAAUUAUCAAGUCUAAACUGCACAGCACGAUCAAUGAUGAUUGGUUUAAUCACUUGAUGAUAUGCUACACUGAACGUGAAAUAUUCAAAUCACUCGACGAUGAAGUUAUCACUCGAAGGUUUCAGGCCAUGAAGGCUCGAAAAGGGAUUUUACCGAGGCAUCAUUAG